AUGGGCCCUGAAGUUGUCCAAAUUCCUCCUUCAAUGUUCCAACGCCUUCCCAGGUUCAAAAAACAGAAACAGUCCAUUAUCCAUGAUGUGAUUGACAUUGUCGACGACAAUGAGAAUGAAGAUGAUUAUUUGAUGAUACUUGAUGAAAUAACUCGUAAGCAUAACAAGGGGAAGGCAUCCGAAGCCCUUCAUGAGGGUUAUGGUGAUAAGUCUCGUCGGUUUAUGAAAUCUGUCUGCAGCAAAGUGAAGUCUGUAUUUUUUGGUUCAAAGAAGCAUGGUUUGGCUGACAAUCCAGAUGCGAUGAAGCUGCCAUAUUCAGGGAAAUUUGAAAGUGCUAAGCUGGGAGCUGGAAGUAGCAGUUCGUUCCAUUCAGAUCUUGUUGGAGAGAAUGGAUCAUUGCAUCCUUCUGGAGUAGAAUCAGGAAAACUUUGGUCGAAGAGUUAUUAUAGUUUCGUUGCCACUCAUAAGAAUGUGCAUGGUUCCACUAGUGCUCUCAAAUCUGCAAGUGAUGUACAUAAUGGAGCAACUGUUGUUCUCCCACAAUUGACAAUAAUUGAUGAAACUGAAAAUGAAUCUCUGAGGAAACUUCGAAGUUUUAAGCUGUUUGACUCUAAUCCAAAGAGUUGGGCUAAAAAAAUCCAGGAAGAGUGGAAGAUUUUGGAGAAGCAUUUGCCGGAUACAAUAUUUGUAAGAGUCUAUGAAUCAAGGAUGAAUCUCAUGAGGGUUGUGAUUAUUGGAGCAGAGAGGACUCCUUACCAUGACGGUCUUUUCUUUUUUGAUAUUUUCUUUCCCAGUGGCUAUCCAAAUGUACCCCCAAAAGUCCAUUACCACUCUGGAGGUCUUCGGAUCAACCCGAAUUUGUAUAACUGUAGCAAAGUAUGUCUCAGUAUACUUAACACCUGGCCUGGCAGUGGCAGCAGGAAAGAGAAAUGGACUAAAGGUGUUUCAACAAUUCUACAAGUUCUAGUCUCUAUACAAGGGCUAAUCUUGAACAUACGGCCUUACUUCAAUGAACCUGGAUAUGAAUGUUUGAAAGACAUGAUAAAUGGUGAAAAGCAGACCUGGCAGUAUAACGAAAAAAGAUUCAUUCUAUCAUUGAGGACAAUGAUGUAUACGAUAAGAAAGCCUCCAAAGAAUUUCGAAGACUUAGUUGUAGGGCAUUUCUACAGCCGAGCACAUGAUAUUCUGGCAUCAUGUAAAGCAUACAUGAAUGGUGUUCAAGUUGGUUGUUUGGUCAAAGGUGGGGUUCAAGAUGUUAAUGGAAGUGAAGGAAAACAAUCCUCAGCUCAUUUUAUAUCUGGUUUAGCUGGAUGCGUGCCUUCUCUUGUCCAAGAGUUCAAAAAAGUUGGAGUUAACGAGUGUAAGAAACUUACGUCUCCUGUGAGCGAGAAACCCUCCACCUUCUCUCUAAAAGGGGAUGUGGGGAAAUUAGAGGCAUGCACAGCAGUCAACCUCACCACGAGGACGACUGGGAGGAGCAGAGGCGUAGAAAAUUCAAACAAUAGGUACCAAGGUGGGACAUUUUCCAGAAAGGAGGCAAAAGCUGAGGUUUUAAGAACGAUGAAGUCACCUCUUUCUACUUUUCAGAAUUCCCUGAAGGCACCAAGGCUAGGGAGCUGUUCGAUUUGCUGGGUUAUAUCGGGAAGGUAG